AGAAAUAAAAAAGAAGAUAUAAAGAAAGCUAGAAAUUUUCUUUUCUUAACGUUCUGGCGUCUUUCAAUCAAAAAUAGGUGCUGAGAACUUAAAUUUUUGACAACAAAUGAUUUCUUUUACCCUAAGGUAAAUCAAAUCUCCGUUUAUUUGAAAGUGUAGAAAUGUGGAGAGUCGUAAUUCUCGUUUUAAUUCUGAACGAGGUCAUUGCUGAGGAAAAGUCUUCCCAAACCGAGGAAGUGAAAAAGACUGUGGCAAAGAGAGAUGAAGUUUUUUACAACAAUGUAGGAUCGGUGAAAAAUUCCUACAGCAUCGCUGAUCAGGACAGAAGCUCGAGGUCAACAGACAAGCAAGAAGCUCAAGGAAACCAAGCGGAAAACACAGACAGUAGAUUGUUAUACUAUGGCCCAUUUUACCCUAGGGAAAUUGGUGGACGGGAAUAUCAACAGGACUACUCGGAAUAUCCCCCUUAUGGAGAGUGGUACGGACCUUUUGAGCCUCCCGAGGAAUACUAUGAAAACAGAGGAGAAUAUUACCCACCUGAGGGAAACGAAGGCUAUUAUAAACGUUCACUUUACCGCUACGGUCCCCGUGGCGGUAGAAGUGUGUAUUAUGGCCCUCGAGGAGGGAGAUCUCUGGAGAAUGCCAAUGGUCCCAGAGGAGGGAGGUCUAUAGAUACUCUCAAUGAUGAAUCUAGUGCAAUGGGGCCGAGAGGUGGGAGAUCCGUGGAAAGCGCUAAUGGACCACGUGGAGGAAGGUCUGUACACGAUGCGUCUACAACUAAGAAUUCAAACUCUGGACCACGUGGAGGGAGGGCUGUGGAAAGUGACGGACCAAGAGGAGGUCGAGCAGCGGAGGAAUCCCAAGAAAAGAGAUCGACAACAACAGGGAAAACAUCCGACGCCGCGUCAGGGACGGAGAGUGGCCCUCGAGGAGGAAGAGACGUUAAAGCCGACGCAGGCCCGAGGGGAGGCCGAGCAGUUGCCGACGCGAAGAAAACCAAUGCUGGUAGCGGACCCCGUGGAGGCCGAGCUGUCCAGUCUGAUACUGGCCCACGAGGAGGUAGAAAUGUGGACGAGAAAGGUCCCAGGGAGGAGAGGGUCAGGUCAGUUUCAGAUUCCUUAAGUAAAGGCCCCAGGGGUGGUAGGUCUGUAGCGCCUGGUCCGAGGGGUGGUCGAGCAAUAAAUUAUGGUCCCAGGGGGGGUAGGGCUAUUGCAUUUGGUCCCAGGGGUGGACGGGCUAUAGAAUAUGGUCCAAGAGGCGGUCGAUCGCUAUUUUUUGGCCCACGCGGUGGUAGGGAAAUUUAUUACGGUCCACGAGGCGGAAGAGCUAUAGAGUACGGUCCACGGGGUGGUAGAACAGUAGAUUAUGGCCCCAGGGGUGGUAGAUCGCUAGAAUAUGGGCCCCGAGGUGGUAGGUCUAUGGAAAUAUACGGUCCUCGUGGUGGAAGAGCUAUAGAGUACGGUCCUCGGGGUGGUAGAACAAUAUAUUAUGGCCCAAGAGGAGGUAGAUCACUUGAAUAUGGACCCCGAGGAGGUAGGUCUAUGGAAGAAUAUGGUCCUCGUGGUGGAAGAGCUAUAGUGUACGGUCCUCGGGGAGGUAGAGCUGUAGAAUACGGUCCCAUGGGAGGUAGAUCUACUGAAUAUGGCCGAGAUAUCGAUUUUGGUCCGCGUGGUGGAAGGUCCCUAUCAGAGGGCCCAAAGGGUGGUCGCUCAGUUUUGGUUGAUACUUUUAAUGGUCCAAGAGGAGGCAGGUCGCUGGACAGAAACGGCCCACGCGGGGGUAGAGCAGUGGAAUAUGGCAUGUAUAACGGUCCCCGUGGGGGGAGAGAUAUUGAUUACAUAUAUGGUCCCCGUGGAGGUAGAGGGCUAGCGUAUGUAGACGUGUAUGGUCCGAGAGGAGGAAGAGCACUAGGGGAAGAAGAAUUUGGUCCAAGGGGAGGUCGCGACCUUGACUAUAAAGGAGAGGAAUAUUAUUAUUACGGUCCUCGGGGAGGGAGAGCUAUUUACUAUGAAGCAGGGCCCCGUGGAGGAAGAGAGGUGGAAUAUGGGCCAAGGGGAGGGAGGGACCUUUUCAGUGGGCCACGUGGUGGAAGGGACAUCUAUGGACCUCGUGGGGGACGCAGUACUACCAACACUGACAGUAGCAAUGGACCUCGUGGUGGGCGUGAAGUAGAAAGUGGACCUCGAGGAGGUAGGAGCACAAUAACUGAAGCAGGUCCUCGUGGCGGACGUUCCAUUUUAUCUGAAAGUGCUAUGGGGACGCACAGUGCGGCGACCAGUGACGGACUUCGUGGAGGAAGGAAUCUUAAAAGUGGCAGCACUGAGAAAACAGGACCUCGUGGCGGACGAAGCGCCUCCGAAAGCAGUAAAGCAGAUAAGCGAGAGGCGGCCAGCACGUCAGAGAAGGAGACAAGUGAGAAAAAGAGACAAGAAAGAGACGCUGAUAUUGAUAUGGCCAAGGUCGAUAAACUGUUGUCAAAAUCAGUGAACCAGGUGUAAAUGUCAUCUAUUUUAUGAGGUAAUCCAGUUAUAUUCUUGCCAGUCGUGUAUAAGACUCUUUUCUCCAAACCAAACAUUUCCGGUUCUGUUCUAAAGUUCAUAAGACUUAAAAAAACGUUUUACAACUAAAUUAUGGAGCGACAUCCGUAAAAGACUGCUCAGUGGCUCACAAAUUACGGUUCCUUUUUUAACGAAUAACGAAAAAAAUAUGGGGAGUGAAAUGUGAAAAACCCAACACCAGAAAAUCAUGGGAAAGUUAAUAGAAAAAAGUCAGAUGAAAACUGAGAUGAAUAGGAAAGUUAUGGAAAAUUUUUUAGCCUUUCUCAAGUUGUAGAAAAUUCUAGAUGGUAUGUGCCCCUGUACAGUCCCUGUGACGUGAGAGUUACCUUAUGACUGAAAACGACUGUUAUCACAAUCAACCAUCUUAAUCGAUGCAAAUUUAGCAAGCUUUAUUUGGCUCUUUAUGUCGUUUUGUGACAAUUUCUUUUCAAAACAUUGUUGCCACUGAAAAACAUGUCAUGAACCAACAUCUCUCCAAAAUGCUACCCCGGAUCAUUGAAUGUUACAAAAAGUGAUUAAAAAAUUUUCCCCUCAAUUCAAAACAGCACAUCGUUGAUAAAUUAACCUGCACUCCCUAUUGACGUAACUACAUUUACUAUGUUAUCACAGGUUAGCGGUCAUUAAAUUUGAUGAAGGAUUUAAAAUACGAAGCAUAUGAUCAUGAAUGGACAACAGAUUGGUCCCGGCAUCUCAAUAACUCUCACUAUCCAAGACGCGAAUAACGAAGACUUCUUUUCCGUUUGAAAACGAGUCCGCCAACAGCGCUAUGUUACUCAGUAUUCUGCUUUAACUUUAAAAUAAGUUGCGUUUCUUAAGCUGUAAAAAUAUAAGUCGGAUUCAAGUUUAAAAUAGUUUGAAAUCGUCUCAAAAUGUUAUAUGCGGUGAAGCGAGAGGAAAUAAAUAAAGAUAUAUCAUAACCACGCAAAUGCCGUUUGUUUGAGGUUUCAACGUCAACUGUGGAAGGGC